GGCGGAAGUGCUGCGUCGCGCACUUCCGGGUGUUGUCUGCCCGCCGCCGCCGCCGAGCGUCUCCGGUUUCCCGGCCGCCGCCGCCUCGGGUCCUGGAGCCAGGAGCGACGUCAUCGCCAUGGCCGGCAUCAAAGCUCUGAUUAGUUUGUCCUUUGGAGGAGCAAUUGGGCUGAUGUUUUUGAUGCUUGGAUGUGCCCUUCCAAUAUACAACCAAUACUGGCCCCUCUUUGUUCUGUUUUUUUACAUCCUUUCACCUAUCCCAUACUGCAUAGCGAGAAGACUAGUGGAUGAUACCGAUGCUAUGAGUAAUGCUUGUAAGGAACUUGCCAUAUUUCUUACAACAGGCAUUGUUGUCUCAGCUUUUGGACUCCCUAUUGUAUUUGCCAGAGCACAUCUAAUUGAGUGGGGAGCUUGUGCACUUGUUCUCACAGGAAACACAGUCAUCUUUGCAACUAUACUGGGCUUUUUCUUGGUCUUUGGAAGCAAUGACGACUUCAGCUGGCAGCAGUGGUGAAAUGAAUUACUGAACUCUUGUCAAGUGGACUUGUUGUCAUUCGUUGGCCAUCCAUGCUCACCAGAGAUGGGGCAGUCACGCUGAGUGGUAUAGCAAGCCUCCUGGGGGUAUUCUAGGUGCUCCCUUCUCACUUUUAUUGUAAGCAUACUAUUUUCACAGAGACUUGCUGAAGGAUUAAAAGGAUUUUCUCUUUUGGAAAAGCUUGACUGAUUUCACACUUAACUAUAGUAUGCUUUUUGUGGUGUCCUGCUGAAUUUAAAUAUUUAUGUGUUUUCCCUGUUCAUUUUUUUUUAAAUCAAUAUGCAAUGUCAAAUAUUUUUUAAAUGUAGUAACCAUUUGCAUUGGUUAGGAAUUGGAUUUCUGCUGGCUAUUACUGGGCUAAAGGACAUCUUUUCUCUUAAAAUUAUUUAGCCUCCAUUAUUACAGAAAGUUAUAAAAAUAAGUUUUCAAUCAGUCAGGAUGACAUCACUCCCAAUUUUAUGCAGACAUGCCGGCCGUUGGCACACCUUAUAGACUCUAUACUCUUUGCAAAUCUAGCUGCAUCUAUACCUCAGAAGGGCCAAGUCUUAAUGCCCGUGCCCUCCAUAAGGGUUGCUGGUUUUGCCAGUAAGCGGGUGUUUUGUGAAUUGAAAAUUAUUUUGUGGAAUUGCUAUAAAGAAGUGCUUUUCUUCUCAGUUGUUAGGAGAAUUUAUUGUUAAAGGUAAGGGUAUAAAAACAGAUUUUUGAGAUAUGGUUUUUAUUUAUGUUUAUUAUAGUUAGAGUGAGUUGCAUUGUGGGAAGAAACGACGUUUAAAUUCCAUUUUUUGACUCCUGUUUCUAUUUGUAAGUGAAAUUUGUGAUUCUUCUGUCAGCCUUUCAUGUUUUACCAUGGGUAAAAUGGACGUACAUGGAACUACUGCUGAUGAGGGAAGGUUGUAUGUUUGCAUCAUGUAUACCAGAAAGCCUUUCCCUGCUUCCUCCCUUUAACUUAUUUUAUAUGUUGUAUAUAUUAAGUAAAAUAACUUUUCAAAUAUAGUUUAAUAACAUUUUAAAUUAGAGGUGUUUAACUCACCUGGAAAAUAAUUGCUAUGCCAUACAUGCAGAGCGCCCCCUGCCCCGCGAGGCCUUGACAUGAUUAACAAGUGACUUGUUAGUCUUACAGAUAAUUCAUGCAUUAACAAUUUAAGAUUUAGACCAUGGUAAUGUUAGUUCUUAUUCUCUAAGGUUAUAUCAUAUGUAAUUUAAAAAUAUUUAAGACAAGUUUCAUGUAUACCUCUCAAGUGUUUUGAUUUUUUAUUUCAUCAUGAUAGAUCUACUGAUUCCUUUUAAAUGGCAUUUAUUGUGUGAAUUAAUGCAAAGUAGCCAAAUCCAGCUAUAUAGCAGCUUCAGACACAAACCUGACCAGAAAAUUCCCAGUAACCAGGCAUGAUCAAAGUGUAGUGGUCAUUUGCAUCUCAAUUAUCAGUACCUUUUCAGGAGCUAGUUAUGAAAACGUUCAAGUUGGUCUGACAGUAUUUUGUGAAGGAUAUUUGUAUGUUUAUUCAGUAUACUUAACAUAAAAAUUGUUUUGCCUUUGGUCAAAACUGAGUAAUCAUGACAGCUAUCUUUUGUUGUUUUAUAAAGUUUAUUUCUAAAGAAAAUGGGAACAAAUUUUGGGUUCAUUCAGCUUUUUACUAAAGAUGCCUAAAGGCCACACGUUUUAUUGCCAAACCCAAGUUGUUACUUUUAGCUGUGAGAUGAGAAGCAGAAUGAAAUAUCCGCUUGUGCCUGUCCCCUUUACACCUUAGGCUGAAAAUGGCUGGCAGUGUUACAGUGUUGUAGACUUAAAGAGGAAGGGACGGAUACACAUGAAUUAGCUGGCGAUAUAGUUGGGAACUCAGUGCCUGUGAUCUACUCAAUUCUUUUUUGCAGCAAGUACAUUCUCGGGUCCUUCCCCAUUUUCUGUUCUAGAAUGUCAGUGCAGUGCACUGCUACUGGUUUAUUCACUUG